UCAUUACACUAAACAUAAUAAUUUGCUACAUUAUUUUUUAUUGUAACUUGUAUCAUAAUAUUCAAAUUAUUUUUAUUUCUAUCUUAUAUUUUAUUUUACUGAUGAUAGUAAGGCUAUAACACUUCAAAUAAUACACAUAUGCAAUAUGUUGAUGCUAGAUGAUCAUAAGCGACAAAAUGAUUUGAUUGAAUUCCUCGGACAAUUAAAUGAAACACAAAAAGAAAAGAAAACGAAAAAAGUACCGAGUAAAUCGGAGAACAAAUGCGUGUGUACAAAAAAAUACUUUAAAAAAUGGGAAAAUAGAUUGAAAUUAAAGUACAUUGCAAAAUUAGCAAUUCCAAAACCAGUUCGUCUUAGGCCUUGGCCAAAUCCAGACUUGGAAGCUGUUUUGCCAAUACCAGUAGUCAAAGCUACUUUAACUGGUAAAAUUCCAAGUAGGAUAUAUAAAUUGGCACAACCUAAAAUCAGGUCAAAAGUAACAAAGGAUGUCGUUUAUCGAACUACCUCAUCGGGUGAUGCGAAGUAUCAAUAUAGGAAAUCUAAACAGCUGCUAAAAACUCAUAAAAGAAUUCUAGAACUUGCAGAACCAAAACCUAAAAUCAGGCACGUGCACGCUAGAUGUCUAAAAUCUGAAUUUCCCGAAAGACUUUAUAUUAAGUCUAAUAAAACUUCAAUUAAGAAUACUUCUGAUGAUUGGAUUAAACAUCGGAAUUGGCUUAAGAAGAACGCGGCACCUAAAAGAAUAUUUAGAAGAUCCCCAGAGGUUAAAAGACGAUCAAAACUGACAAAAUCUCAAACUGAUCUAAUGUUGGAUAGAUUAUCUCAAAUGCCAGAACUCAAAAGAUUUGUUAAAAAAUUGGUUGUAAGAACAACUGAGCCAAGACCAUUUGGUCAAAUAACACCUAUGGGUCUGGACUGGGUUCAGCGGUUAUCAGUACCUAGAAAAUUAUCCUCGGAGACGCAGUUGAAUCUAGAUUAUGAUCCUGGCAUCAUUCCAAGGGCUGCUUUAAACGCAGUACUGACGCCACGCAUAAAAGAAUUAGCCGAGCCAAAAUUUAAUGUUAAAACGGUCAACACAGAAUUCAAAGAAAAUGCAUUUAAAAUAUCACCUACCGCGUUGACAUACAAAGCUACUAAACGUAUUAAAAAAUUGGCGAUGCCACGAGUACAUUAAAUAAGACAUUUUUGUAAAUAUACAUGUUACCUACCAUAAUAUACUUUAAAGUGAUUA